AUGGCGACCAACCCGCCGCAGCUGUUCCUGCUCGCCGACCACAUCAAGCUCUCGCUGCUGGAGCGCCAGCGGGCCGUCUCCCUCAACCUCCCCUCGCACGGGCAGGACAGCCAGAUCUCGCGCUCACUGGAGCAGUUGCGCUCCGGUAUUGAGUCGCUCGAGUCGCAGGUCGAGGACACAUCCGAUGAGUCUAUAACAAGCCAGCUCCCGCGCCUGCGGACCCAGCUCAACGAGCUCUCCGCCCAGUUCUCCUCCUCGGCGUCCACCAGCUCUCCCACAACCACACAGCCAAACGACCGUGCUCUCGCAGACGACUUCGCAGCUGCCCAGUCCAAGUCGCGCCGUGCGUCGAAAAGCGUGCGCUUCACAGACAACGAGCAAGGCGACAGCGAUCCCAGCCGCGCGGCCCUCUUCAACCAGCCGUAUCGCGACGAUCCCUCGCACGACGCAGAGGCACCGCCAGACCAGUCGCAUCUCGACAACCAGCAGAUCCACGAAUACCACAGCCAUGUACUACGGGAGCAGGACGACCAGCUCGACACGUUGAGCGCGUCCAUUGGGCGGCAGAGGGAGCUGAGCAUGCAGAUUGGGGACGAACUCGAUGGACAGGUGAUGCUGCUGGACGAGGUCGAGGAAGGCGUGGACAGACACGACGCACAGUUUCGACGAGCGAGGGGGCGGCUGGACCGCUUCAGCAGGAAGGCGCGCGAGAACUGGAGCCUGACGCUUAUUGUGGUGUUGAUCAUCAUAUUGGUUUUGCUGAUCAUCGUCACCAAAUAG